AUGCUGCGGACGUCGCUUCGAUCCGUGAGGGCGUUGGGCAGCUCGCCGGUCGCGGUCGCCCGAGCUCGGUUGCCCGUGAGCUCGGUUUCCGCUGUCACGAGGAGAUUCUAUGCCGACGACAAGAAGCCCAUCGCGGCUGACGUACCCAAGCCUGUAACGCCUCCCGUCACCAAGCCGAUCAUCGUCACCCCUCCCCCAAGGCCCCGUCGUCGAGGCCACUCCAGCUCCCGCAUCGAGCAAGACGGUUCCUCCCCGCCCCCUCCUCCCGCCAAGCCGAAGAAGGGCAUCUUUAGGCGGCUCAAGAACCUGCUCGUCACCCUCGUCAUCCUCGGCGCCGUCGGCUUCAGCGGAGGCGUCUACUAUGCGCGGAUAAACGACAAGUUCCACGACAUCUUCACCGAGUACGUUCCGUUUGGCGAGCAGGCCGUGCUCUAUCUCGAGGAGCUCGAUUUCCGACGAAAGUUCCCCGAUAGCUCCGACCGCGUCUCGUCCCCGCGCCCCAAUGACAAGCUCAUCUCGGUCGCGCCCCUGAGCGGUGCCUCGUGGAGGGUUGCCGACGGUGGCGAACCCGCUGGUCGCCGCUCGAGCGCCCUGGACAAGGUUAAGGCGGGCGCCGCAACCGCCAAGAAGGAGGCGUCCAAGGCGAAGGAGACUGCUGAGCCCGUGGUGGCUGCUCCGGCGACUCCCGUCGUUAAGGCCGUGGAGCCCAAGAAGACAGAGCCCGAGCCGAUUGUGGACGCCAAGGAGCCCGUGAUUCAGGACCUCGUUCACAUGCUCAACGACCUCAUCACGGUGAUCAACGCUGAUAAGGCGCACGGCCGCUACGGCACCACCGUGACCAAGGCCAAGAACGACCUCGCCAAGGUCGGACGCAAGAUCCAGGCGAUGAAGGAGCAGAUUGAGCAAAAGGCGGCGGCCGAGGUCAAGGCCAAGGUCGAGGAGUUUGACCAGGCGGCCAACGCGCUCGUGACCAAGGUGGAGUCCACCAUGGUGGCUCAGGAGAGGCAGUGGCGCGAGGAGUUUGAAGAGGAGAUGGUGAAGGUCCGCGAAGGCUACGAGAACCGGGUCAACCUCCUCCUCGAGCGGGAGAGGCAGCUCCACGAGGAGAAGAUCAAGACCAAGCUCAUCGAGCAAGCGGUCGCGCUCAAGAAGGAGUUCAUCGCCGAGGUCAAGAGCCAGGUUGAGUCGGAGCGCGACGGCCGCCUCGGCAAGCUCAAGGACUUGUCGUCGGCCAUCAACGAGCUCGAGACGCUGACGACGGGCUGGAACGACGUGGUCGACCUCAACAUCAAGACGCAGCAGCUCCACGUGGCGGGCAUCUCGACGCCCGCGCAGCUCAUUGACCGCUUCCGGCGCGUGGCGAGCGAGGUGCGCAAGGCGUCGCUCCUGCCCGAGGAUGCGGGUGUGGCGAGCCACGCGACGAGCUGGGCGCUUAGCAAGGUCAUGUUCAAGAAGGAGGGCCUCGCGGCGGGCGACGACGUGGAGAGCAUACUGACGCGCACGCAAACGCUGCUCGAGGAAGGGGACUUGGAUUCGGCGGCGCGGGAGAUGAAUGGCUUGGAUGGCUGGGCCAAGACGUUGAGUAGGGAUUGGUUGUCGGAGGUGAGGAAGGUGUUGGAGGUUCGCCAGGCUCUUGAUGUGAUUGCCGCUGAGGCGAGACUGCAGAGCUUGAGGACGGAGUAA